GUGCCGAGCACAAAAAUACCGUUGCGAAAAUUUAUUUCUGCAGAAACCUCCGAGGCGUGCGGAUGGAAAAAUAGAGUGAAGAGCUUUUAAUUGCUCUUGAUUUUCCGUUUUGUGAUUCUGAGUGUGUGUUCUAUUGUGAUUGAAAGGAUUUCUUUGUAAAUAAUUUACUUGUAAUCGUGGCAAAUGUAUACUAAAGUGUGAAGAAAAGUGUGCACAGAAACAUUUUCAGUAAUAAGGCUUGAUUAUCGUGAAAAAGCCCUAAAAUGAACUUCAUAAGGAAAUUUGCAAGGGAUUUGCAAUUGUCAAAACGUCGGCAAAGUGCCCCAGUUUUGGUGGACGAGCCUCACAAAUACAAGAGUGAGGAGUAUAUGCAGGCCCUUUCGGCUUUCAAUGAUUGGAGAAAAAAACGUCUGGACAGCCCAAAGUGUUCUUUUAUGAAUAACAAUAUGGAGAAUAUCGCUGAAGAGAAUAUAGGAUCAACUUCCAGUGGUGAAAAAUCAUCACCAACUUAUGCUGAUAUUGACGAGGGGGUUGGUAACAAUACUCCUCCAGAGGGAUUCUUCCGCAGUAACUCAAUUCCAGACUUGGCUGCAUCUCCAUGCAAAAGCUCAGCAUUUGGGGAGAGAAAGACUUCCAAGAGGAAUCACAAGAAGGGCAAGGCUCCACCUCCACCACCUCCAAGAUUCGACGCUAAUGCUCCGUUGCCGAAAGUAAAGAAGUCGAAUAGUGCUCCAAAAAGUUGCCUCAAUCCAAUUGAGAGUGAAAAUGCAGAAGAUACCGAUGGACCAAGAUUCAGUGGAUCUUACAGAAAGUUCGAUAUUGACUCGUCAUCCACCUGCGAUGAUUAUGUUAUCUCCAAAAAUAUCAAGAACAGGCAGAAGAAAAUUGCCAAGAAGUCUCCAACCACAGCCAAGGAUCUGGAAGAUGAACAAGUAAUUGGUCACAGUGUGCAACCGAAUGUUCCUAAAAAGUACCCAAGGAAGCAGAAUACUGUCCCGAUUGUCGAGAAAAAUGAAGAAUUGAUAAAGCACGAAUACGAUGAGGUCAUUGACGAGGGAUUUAGAUUCCUUAGCGACAAGUACGGAUACUUCAUUGAUACAACAGUUGAGGGGAGUCAGAUGGGAGGCAAUGGACACAUCCCUGUCACUGAUUUAGACAAGUCCGAUGAACUUGGAUCUUCAGAGGAUCAAAUUCCCAAAGAAACUUCCAAAGUGUUUGAUGGACCAACAAAGACCGAAAUGCCCUCGAAUUGGACGCAGCAAUCCUUUGACACGUCCGUCAUGGAUCCGUUCUACACCCGAUUCCAGGACUUCUAUCGGACACAAAAUGUCAUUGUGUGCUGGCCCAAUGAGAUCAAACAUCGUAAGGCAGCACCACGAAGCACCAUCCUCACUCCCCUUGAGUUCUCCACUGGCAUCUUCCGGAACUCCACGGUGUCUGUGCGUAAGUACUCUCUGGGUGAGGGGAAGGAUUAUGAUAUUGCUGAGAUGGCAUCGAGGAGGGAUUUUGAGAUACUCAAUUAUUUGCGUCAUCCCGAUGUUGGGGUCCUUAUGGCUGUGAAUCUAGACAGGGGUUUGAAUCAAAUUAAUCUCGUGAUGGAACCAUUUGACUUCACACUGAAUUAUUUUAUGUACAAAUACAAUCGGGAAUUUCCUGUUGGGGAUACCAUUUCGAUAAUUCAGCAGUUAGCUUCAGCAGUUGAAUAUUUGCAUGAAUGUGGCUAUGUUCAUUCAAAUAUCUCAAGCCAUGCUAUCAUGAUGCGUAUGCAUCCGGUUUGUGUGAAGUUGACUUGCUUUGAACUAGCCACGAGUGUUAAGUAUGAUAUUAAGAAGCAGUUGGAACAGAGUUAUGGACGUCAGGGCUAUUAUAAUCGAUGCGAUGGAUUUAGGGUUAUGGGCAAGGCUAGAGUUCCGCCCAAAAUGCCAGAUAAUGUGGACAAGGAGAAGUACAUCAAGAUGUCCAGGCAGAUCUUGAGUCCGAAAGUUACACCAACGGUUCGGGCUGCGAAAGUGGAUAAUGUUGAUCCCAAGCAUAUGCCAUACUUUCAAAAUUAUCGUCAGAAGUUCUCCUUGCACUACUAUCAGGCUCCAGAAUUGGUUAAAGCUCGUGCACUUUUUGUUGUGCCACGCAAAGAGUGUGAUGUUUACUCCUUGACUGUACUUCUGUGGGAAAUGCUCAAUCGCUGUGUACCAUACGUGAUGUACUCCUAUGAGGAGCUAGAAGCUAUUCAUGCUUCCGGAAGAUCUCAAAUACCGAUAAUUGAUGAAGAGAGAUGCCAGUUUUUCGAUGAAGUCUUCUCAAUGGGAUUGGAACCAAAACCUGAAGAUAGAUUUAUUCCACCGCCUCAUUUUGCGUCAUUGCUGGAGGAUGUGCGAUGUAUGAUCCAGGAGAAGGAAGCCAGAGAAAAAAUUGAGAAGGAAAAGAAGAAAAAUCCAGAAAAUCCAAAUAUUAAUACUGAUGAAAGAUCUGACAAAGUUUCCGUGAAGGGUUUUAGGGAAGCUUCUUUUGCCAAUUCUGCCAAUGAUUUGGGCAUUUUUAAUGAUGUUUCCUUGGAGUCUGUGGAAAAUAGUCUCUACCAGGAGAAGUCACAGCUCAUUGCCAAGGCUGAUAGUUGUCUGGAUGAACUGUUGGGGAAUAUUCAGAGAACUCCUAGUCAGAGAACUAAUGGAGAACUCAGUGAUGCUCUCUCAAUUGCUUCCCUGGGAAAGUCAGAGAGUACAAGAAAGAAGCGUUCAGUUCUCUAUUCGCAGCUAUAUGAGGAGAAACCAGAAGAUCCCUUCUUCAAUCUAUCCCAAUCGACAAUUUUCAACAGCAAUGCAGAUUUUCACAAUAAACUUCUCGAAACGGCAAAACAGGGUGAUCGAUUGGAAAGGACUAGUACGACCAAAAAGAAAAAAUCAAGAGUUAUCGAGAGAGCAAUGGAUAUUUUUGGAGGAGCACCAGCUAAAUCUCGGAUGAAUUUGAAUGAGAGGAUGGAAAGUGUAGCUGUUGGGGAUUCAGCCAAGGAGUCGUCGGGAAAUGAGGAAGACGUUAAGAAUUCCUCCAGAACUUCGGGAUUUGUCGAAAGAGCGAAAGCCAAACUUGAGAAAUGCUUCCUCAAUGGUAGUAGAAAUUGUUCAUCUGAAGAAGAUUUGAUUGCAGCCACGGAAAAGAGUGAGAAAAAAACAUCCACACUUGAGAUUAGUGUCCAGGAUGAGAUGCCGGAAAAGAAGGAACAGAAGGUGGAGAAGGUUUUCUCACCCAGCAAGUAUUCUUUCAAUGUGGGAAGAUGUGAUUUACCAAAGGCACCAAUUGCCAGAAAAAAUAAGCUGAGGCGAUAUGCUUGGCUGUCAGAAAGGAAGCCUUCUGUUUCGCCCAAUGGGAGCUCCUUUAACUUUUUGUCGGAUGAUUCUGACAAAACCAAAACCAAGGAUAUUGUACCAAUGCCGCAAAAUUUCAAAUUCUCCGAGGAAGUUGACAAGUUGGGAGACAGGAAGGCUUUUAGUGCAGAGGUUGAGAUUGAUGAGAGACGCGGAAGUUCAUGCAAUAUCUCCCUGGAUAAUUCUUUCAGGGAGCGAAAGGUUAAUGUGAAUCUGAAGGUGAAGCACAACAAUCAGGAGAUUUUUAACAACUCCUUCGCCACUGACGACGAUUUGGCAAAUAUUAGCCAGAAGAUCAGUCAAAUUCAUUUGGAUAUGUUCAAGGAUCCAAAAACAAUUGGCCAGGACAAUGGCUUUAAGCCAAAAAUUGAUAUAAAAAUGAUAGGACAUCGUGGAGAGAAAGCUUAUGAGAUUCAACGUGAGAUACUUGAUUUAUCAGCUCAGAUUGUUGAGCAUUUCAAUUCGGGGCAGCACGAUGAGACGCUGGAGAAGAGCUCCUUCGAGAGAGAUUCCCGUAAGUUGAUGAUUGUGCGUCCAGAAGCUCUGCAGAGUGCCAUAAGGAAGCAGAAGAAGGCAGCUCAAGAGGAUCUCGAUCGUUUUGAAAAUUCCCUCUGGCGCAGGGAGAAAUCUCUGUGCGAGAAGACUUCCUACACUGGAAGUCUCCCUGAAGAAUCUGAUGGUGAAGAUCUGGAGAAUUGUCCAGGUGUUGCCAACAAGAGAGCUUCAACGUCUUUGCCUGCUGAGGGAUCAAAGAACGACACUGAAGAUCUCUACAUUGAUGAUGAUCUAUCUCUUUGGCCAACGUUGAGUGUCAACAUUGAUCUCGAUAUCAUUAAAGGCUCUCACAUGUGAGCAAUGUUUUUUCUUUAAUAUUUCUCGUCCUUUUUUUUACUUGUUUAACCUUAAUUGAUGUUUGAGUACAAAUAAGUUUGUUAAACUUAAUGUUUUCUCUUCUUAAAAUUUACUUGGGAAAUGGAUUUGUACACGAUGAAAUUUUUCGUCUUCUUUCUAGAGAGAAUGCAAUAAAAAUAAGUAGAAGUGCAA